AUGGAGUGCAACAGAGAUGACGCUGCACGAUCAAAGAGUAUUGCUGAAAGGAAGUUCAGGGAGAAUGAUUUUGCAGGUGCCAAGAGGUUUGCCCUGAAAGCAAGGGCUCUUUUUAAGCCUCUUGAGGGAAUUGAUCAGAUGAUUGCAGCUUUGGAUGUCCACAUAAGGGCACAGCAAAAGAUUGGAGGGGAGAAUGACUGGUAUGGGAUCUUAGAAGUAUCACCCUUGGCUGAUGAGGAGGCAAUCAAGAAGCGAUACAAGAAGUUGGCCUUCCAAACUCAUCCUGACAAGAACACCUCUAUCUGCGCUGAAGCUGCAUUUAACCUCAUCUCAGAUGCUUGGAGUGUGUUGUCCGAUACUACCAAGAGGAUGGUAUAUGACCGUAAGAGGCAUGUGUGUGGCCUGCAGAAUAACUACAAAGCAAGUGCUCGUAACACUUCCAAUUCCUCUACAUCAAGUGUAAAUGGCUUCUGCGACAGACCUAGAAAGGUGGCACCCCACCUCUCCCACCAAGUGCCAGACACAUUCUGGACACACUGCGGUUCAUGUUUUAGGAGCAUUCAGUACUCCAGGGAAUAUGUCAACCGGCUUCUGAAGUGUCCAGUUUGUAAUGAGGUGUUUGUUGCUGCUGAAGUUCCACCUCCAAGCUCUCCGAUUUACCCUAAUGGGCCAAUGGCAAUGGCUACUAAUAAUGACAUUGGUGGCAAUACAGUUCCUGGCAUGGCAACACCAGGAGUACAUGCAGGAAUUUCAGGUAGCAACCAGAAUGGUUAUCCAGCAGUGCUCAAAUCUACAACCUGUGCAAAUCGUACUCGAUAUACAGUCCAAGAGGAUGCAGGUGAGGCUAAUAUAGUCACAAAUGAAGCAGCAGAUUCCAGAGAGGUUAUGCAGGAUGUAAGGAAACAUGCGCCUGCAGUCCCUUCUGUCAGACGAGCAAAUGCAGCGACAAGGGGACAUGAAGCUGCUAAGAGAAAACGUGUCAAUGGUGGCAAGCAAGCAAUCGGGCAGUCAGCAAGCUCUUGUCCUGAUGGUGAUGGAUGCAAACCAAUCCCCGCAGCAAAAAGAGGGCCUCGCUCCACAGCUCAAACCUCAGGUGCCAAGAAACGUAAAGUGUCUUCUGCUGAUCUUAACUGUGAAUCCUCUGGUACUGCUGGAAGGACAAGUUUUGGCAGAGUGCUGAUGCAGUUAGAUGUCCGUGGCAUCCUGGUUGGAAGUGGGAAGCUUCAGAUUCGGGAGAAAUUGCAAGAGUUGAACAACAAGAAAGCCAAUGUGAAAAAUAAAGAAAAGAUCCAGAAUAGCAAGAAAAGCAGCACAAAAAGCGUAUGCAACACAGCAAUUGAUGUCAAUAAAAUUGAGAUGAAACCAAGCAUCAGUUCAGUUGAUCCCAAAGAAGAUGAUUUCAUGAAGCUGGUUAGCAAAAGAGUUGAUUCAGAAGAAAAGCAGAGGGAGAAGUGCAGCAAACAGGUUGGCUUAGAAGAAAAGUUGACGUCAUGGCAGUGGAGGUCACGUGAAGUACAUAUAGUUUAUACAAGGAGAAACCGCAAGGCACAAGAGAAAGAACUAGGGAAUGACGCAACUUGUGCUAAUCCAGCAACAGAGCACCAUGUGGCUGACAAAAAUGGCUGUUUGAACCAGGAAUCUCCUGAUAAAGGCUCUGGUGAAAUGUCUGUUCCUGAUGCUGAUUUCUUCAACUUCGGUGAUCAUUCUGAAAGUUCUUUUCAAAAUGAUCAAGUAUGGGCCAUGUAUGAUGAAGAAGAUGGUAUGCCUCGCUACUAUGCUUUGAUUAGAAAAGUUCUCUCCACUCACCCUUUUAAAGCUAGACUGGCCUACCUCAAAGCAAAUGACUGCAAUGAAUUUGGAUCUUCCAAUUGGAUCUCAUAUGGAUACUCCAAGACCUGUGGUGAGUUCAAGGUUGGUGCGUCCAGAGGUACUGACCAAGUGAAUAUAUUCUCACAUAAGGUCAAGUGUGACAAAGGUCCUGGUGGCAUCAUCAGAAUUUUUCCUAAAAAAGGUGAUAUCUGGGCUCUGUACCAGAACUGGUCCCCUGACUGGGAUGAAUUUACACCUGAUGAUACAAUGUACAAGUAUGAACUGGUAGAGGUCACUGAUAGCUACAACCCAGCUGAAGGCAUUUCUGUAAUUCCUAUUGUGAAAGUUCCUGGGUUUGUGUCGGUGUUUAAGCCCUUUCAUGAUGCAAAAAAAUCCUGGAGGAUUCUGAAGGAGGAGAUGCUGCGGUUUUCACACCAAGUGCCAUUCCAUGUCCUUACCGGAGAAGAAGCUCCUAAUGCUCCCAAGGGGUGCUAUGAACUGGAUCCAGGCUCAACUCCACAGGAACUUCUUCAAGUGGUUCAGCCGUCUGGUGAUGCUAAAUAAGUUUGCCCUUGAAGCUGGCGCUCCCUCUGUGUUUUUGUUUUUUGUUAGGAACUGUUUUCUUCUUUGAACCUGUCAUCAGUUGGGUCAUGCUGGUGUCUUUUGAAAUGUACAUUAUACAGCCCAUGUUGUGCUGAUGUAGCAGCUUCCUGUCAAGAGUUUGCAGACUUAAAUGUACAAUGUGCUCAGUUCUCGUUCUCGAUGCUUUAAGCAUCAAAGCUGAAGAAAUCCAUGA